UCCAGCCGCCUCCCCAACAUGACAUGAGGGCCCAUCGCACCAUGCGUACUAGCAAGAACAAACCGGCUUGAGUGGAGCUACUACUCGACAACGUCAGGGCUGACGACAACUACUAAAUAGCUGUCAUUUGAGAGAUAAAGUGCAGACAGAACGGCGCUUUGGGGCAAGUACAGUCCUGAAUAGACAACGGAAGAAAUGGCGGACGACCCCAACGCAGCGGAUAGGAACGUGGAGAUAUGGAAGAUAAAGAAGUUGAUCAAAAGUCUGGAAGCUGCUCGGGGGAAUGGCACGAGUAUGAUAUCCCUGAUCAUCCCACCUAAGGACCAGAUCUCCAGAGUGGCCAAGAUGUUGGCUGAUGAGUUUGGCACUGCAUCCAACAUUAAAAGCAGAGUCAACAGGCUCUCUGUGCUUGGAGCCAUCACCUCUGUACAGCAGAGACUCAAACUCUACCAUAAAGUGCCUCCCAACGGUUUGGUUGUGUACUGUGGCACCAUUGUGACUGAUGAGGGCAAAGAGAAAAAAGUCAAUAUCGACUUUGAGCCUUUUAAACCCAUCAACACUUCUCUGUAUCUCUGUGACAACAAGUUCCACACAGAGGCUCUUACAGCAUUGCUCUCAGAUGACAGCAAGUUUGGUUUCAUUGUGAUUGAUGGAAGUGGCGCCCUCUUCGGAACCCUACAGGGCAACACCAGAGAGGUGCUGCAUAAGUUCACAGUGGACCUACCCAAGAAGCACGGCAGAGGAGGACAGUCUGCCUUGCGUUUUGCUCGUUUGAGGAUGGAGAAGAGACAUAACUACGUGCGGAAGGUGGCAGAGACGGCAGCCACGCUUUUUUUGUGCAACGACAAGGUCAACGUAGCAGGCAUGGUCUUAGCUGGUUCAGCUGACUUCAAGACGGAACUCAGCCAGUCAGACAUGUUUGACCCGAGGCUUCAAGCUAAGAUCCUGAAGCUGGUUGACAUAUCAUAUGGUGGGGAGAAUGGCUUCAACCAGGCCAUUGAACUGUCCGCAGAAGUGCUUACCAAUGUCAAAUUCAUCCAGGAGAAGAAACUAAUAGGACGAUACUUUGAUGAGAUCAGCCAGGAUACGGGGAAGUACUGCUUUGGGGUGGAAGACACACUGAAAGCCAUGGAAAUGGGUGCUGUUGAGAUCCUGAUUGUUUAUGAGAACCUGGAUACCAUGAGAUACAUCCUACGUUGCCAUGGAGCAGAGGGACUUGCUAUGGCGGAGAAGGGUACCGAUGAGAAGACGUUGUAUUUGACACCAGAGCAAGAGAAAGACAAGUCUCACUUCACAGACAAAGAGACUGGUCAGGACCAUGAGCUGAUCGAGAGCUUGCCAUUACUUGAAUGGUUCGCCAAUAGCUAUAAGAAGUUUGGAGCCUGUCUGGAGAUUGUCACUGACAAGAGCCAAGAAGGAUCCCAGUUUGUAAAAGGCUUUGGUGGAAUUGGGGGGAUCUUGCGGUACAGGGUGGAUUUCCAGGCCAUAGAGUACCAAGGAGAAGACGAUGAGUUAUUUGAUUUGGAUGACUACUAGGUAGUUGAGACUGACGUGAGGAAAAAAAAAAUAUUCAUCAAUUGGAAGGCUUUCCCUGAUUUGACCAAGACUGGUGGAGGGAAAGCAAGUCGUCAGGAGAGAGACCUAGACCUUCAAACAAAAGAGAUAGACGUGAUACUGUAUAUCAAUGGAUCCCUGACUUGAAGCAGUGACUCCAUCUCCUGUUUGGAGGGAGCUUGUCUUGGUUUGUUUCUCUCCACUUAAUGACGGAUUCAAAGUGACUGACAGCAAGGCCAUGCUCCUCCUGCCUGCUUGGCCUGCUCUAGGCCACAGUGAUAGAAACGUGUUUUUCUCAUCACUCCCUACUUUCUUCUUAUCAAUGCAAUUUUCCUCUAUCUUUUUGUCUUUUUUUACUGGUACUUGCUGCUGUUGUGUUUUAUGAGAUUCUGAUUAUUUUGUUUUCCUUUUUUAAAUAAAAUGUAGUGGGCAGGGAAAAAAUAAUUCAAUUGGAACUGCUUGACUUCCAUAUCCUGCCUCCUAUCUUUAAUCCAGUACAGCUUUUUGUCCCAUUUUCCCCUCUGGUAAUUUAUCCACUGUUGCAGAUGCUGUACUCUGAGCCUAUACUGUUCUCUUGUACCUGUUUUCAUUUCGAGGACCUGUGUCCUUUAUUACUCAUACAGACUUCCCAGAGCUGAGAUUUAGAAUUGUACAGCUACAUUGUCUGUUUUUAUAUUGCCUUGUACACUACACACCCUCACCAAUCUGUCUCAUUCAGUAUAAUGAACCAUGCCCUCAGUGCUGUGCACCAUGCAUACUUUCAUGUUCCCCAGAGGCAUCUGUGUCCAAAGUUAACUGUGAUUGAUUGUCUGAAUUGCACAGUGACAGGAAACUGACCAAUCUGAGAGCUAGUGUGGUGGUUGUUAGGCAGUUGUGUGUGGCUUGACUUCCAGGCAUAUUACUGGUAUGAGUAAUCCUCUAGUUCUAUCGACAUCAAUUGAAACUUGAAUGUGGAUACUGCCAAUACAAAAGUUGAGUGCAGCCCCUCUCCCCCCCCUCCCCUACUGUUACAUACUGUUGGAUUGAAAGACUCCUGCCAAGCUCUGUUUCUCCCUACCAACAAGUCACAGAUCAUUUUGGUCAGAGGCACUGGAUGUUUAUUUGGGGGUAAUUGUGGCUUGCAUGGUCUAAAAAAAGAAAUUGUCAGCCUGAAUGUGAGAUAUAUAUAAAAAGAAGCUUUAAGGGCCUUGACUAUUGUCUGAAUCUGGCACGUAAAAAUGGUGUUGUGAUGGUUCUCCAUAGUUCAUUUUGGGGCACAGUGAGCAGUUUUAUCUAGUUAUGAAUGUGAUGAGUCUACUUUGCAACAUCAAGCCCAUAUGACAUUUUCUAGAUUUCAUCUAUUCAUCUGUCACCAUUUUGUAUGAGACGUAUUAAAUGUCCUGAUUGUUUGCAA